UUCUGCAGCGGAGCACGGAGCCUCAGCUAUAAAUCUGUUCUAGCACUUAGAACGAGAUCUCAGGAGUUCAGGUCAGGUAUUUUCAAAAUUGUCGAGAUGAGCGAACAUAGGCAUGCCGCCUCCCGUGGAAUUGCUUGGAGGGAGAGGGAAAUAUUGGAUCUCCUCUCCUUCUGGGGGGAGGAAAAAAUACAGGAAGCACUGAAGAGUUCCUAUAGAAAUAUCGAUUAUUUCGAGCGCAUUGCAGCCCAGAUGGCCCUUCGGGGACAUAAAAGGACAGCUAUGGAGUGCAGGUCAAAAACAAAAACGAUGAGACUGGAUUACAAGAAGGUAGUGGCGCACAAUUCAACCUCUGGAAAUGCUCCCAUUACCUGCCCGUAUUUCAGGGAGCUUGACAGCAUUCUCCGGGGGGAUGCAAGCGUGAAACCAAAACGAGUGUCAAGAAGUCUUGGCGUUGUGUCCCUGGGGCGGCAAUUGAGAGACCCGUGUCCAGUGUCUGAUGGCUCGGAGGAGCUUUUUUCGCACGACCUCUUCACCAUAGAUCAUGGACAGAUUAGAAGCUCCACUCCAUGCCAAGUGGGUGUGAGAGAGAAUGUACCUGAGGUUGAGGCAGAGAUUGACACUGAUGCCACUGUGGAUGGCCUUGAAGACAAAGAGUCUGAUGAUCCGUGUCCUGACGGUCAAGAGGAAACAAUUAGCAACAACAGCUCCAGCACAUCAGGUCUUGGCAGCAGCAAAGAAUCACCUUUGAAAUCAGUGGCGGAGCUAUCACCUGGCACACGCCUAUCAGCCAUUAGAUCCAGAAGAAGAAGAAAUGCUGGCCUGUUUUCUGUGGCGGACAAGAUGAUGAGUCAGUCAGGGGAAGAGCACAAGGCACAGAUCAAUGAAUGGCGCAUAGACCGCAAGGAUAGCAACAAAUGGCAUGAAGAAGAAAGGAGGUUGCAAGUCGAGUUCCUAGAGGAGACCAGGAAGGAAAGAAAUGAUUUUAGGGAUGUGUGGAUGCAGAAUCUGCAUGUAAUGGAAUCUGCAGUAACCACUCUCCAAACACUUGGGGAAAUGUUGGUGAGUCAGCACCGGGGAAGGUCAGCAAAUGCUUGUGAAAAGGGUGACAGCAACUCAGAAAACAUCCCACCUAGGUCUGCCACGGCAAAACGUGCAUGCGUUGGAAGGGCUCGUGAAAGGCUGACUCUUUAG